AUGGUUCUCAGACCGAUUUAUGACCCAAGCAAUCCAAACAUGAGUGGCUAUCCUCCAUCUGGUCCGCCUCCGGGGUAUGAGCGCAACGAGUCAGGCGAGCAUCAAUUCGAUCAGUACCGCUCGCAGUGGCAAGGCAAUCCAGACCACCAGGCAAGACCUCCGUAUGCAAUGGCCUCACCACCGCCCGGCGGCGGACAGUCGUCAUACUAUGGUGCUCCCUACGGAUCUCCUCAACCACCACACUCGCCCCAACCAGGAGGGUAUUAUCCUCCCCAGCAGCCGCAGUAUGCGGACCACCCGGCGUCUCCACCCCCGGCUGGGCAGUACCCACACAGCCCGGGUCACGGCUAUCAUGGCAGCCCCCAGGGCCAGCGGCCGUAUAUGGGCUACCAACCGUCCGAACCACUUCAGUCGUCGUCGCCGUACCAAGCUCCCUCCCAGCCUCAGUAUGCGCAGUCGCCGCGACCUCUGUCGUCACAAGGGUAUCCUCCCGUAGUCAAGCAAGAGUUUGGCAGUCCCGGGCAAGUCCCCGCUCAGGCGUUGUACCCCGGCGCCACGCCCCAAUCAGAGCAGGAUCGAGGAGUCAUGGGCGCCCUCGCUGGUGGUGCCGCCGGUGCCUUUGCAGGUCACAAAGUUAAUCACGGCUUUCUCGGUGCUCUAGGCGGCGCCUUUGCCGGCCACAAGCUGCAAGACGCCUACUCUGACCACAAGAAGCACAGCCGUCCAUCAUCGCGGCGAUCGUCUUCGUCGUCAUCUUCGUCUUCGGACGACGAUAAGCAUCACAAUAAGCCACCACCGCAGCAGCAGCCAUACUAUGGCCAUGCAGCCCCUCCGCCUCCCCCGCCCGCGGCUCACGGGGGGCUUCGGGGCAACUUCUCCCACAGCGCGUCGCGCAUCUCGCUGGACCGGGACCACGACCUGAUUGCCGAGUGCGCCACCGUCCACGGCAGCCGCAAGCUGACGUCCAUCUCGCUGAAUCGCCUGCUGACGAAUGACGAUGGACAUUUCCGCUGGUCGCGCGAGGGCAACUUUGCCGGUAGUGCCCGCAACAUUCGUCUGGUGCACGACGGCAAGUAUCUCGAGGCCGAGCUGUGUCGGCGGGACGGGUCGUGGCGGACGGAUCAGAUUUGUUUGGAUGAGCGGAUUGAGAACUCGAAUGGAGAUUUACAGAUGUUGUGGUAG